UCGGUUAACUCUCUCUCUCAGCACUUGCCAAUCCAUGUCGUUAUUUAUAAGCAGCUUCUCGCAGCACUCUUGUUUCUCCCCCAAAACAACCAUGAGAAAAAGACGAAAAAGACUCCAAUAAGACCCACACCGCCAGUCUCUGCAUCUGAGAACAAAAUCGCCUUUCAGAUUCACACAACACACACACACAAUGAUUUGCUACGUUGGAAAAGCAACGAAGAUCUUCAUCUUCAUUGUCACACUUCUCGUUGUUAUUGGCCUCGUAUUAGGACUUGGGAUCCUCCACCGCCACCACCACAACGCCGCCACCAAAUGCUCCGAUGAUGAUUCCUCAUGCUCUCCUCCUUCAGGUUUUCCACCUCCCAAUUUCAACAUUCCCAACCCUCCUUCCCCCAUUUAUGGCGGCAAUCCCGUUACUCCUCCUUCUCCUCCAGCUUCCACCGCCGCCCCCAUCACCGCCACAUCGCCGCCGCCGCCUUCACCCGUUAACGCAAAUCCAACCCCUCCUCCUCCACCUCCUGAUUCGAACUCAUCUCCUCCGCCGCCUCCGGCUCCGGCGGCGACCACCACCCCAAAUCCUCCAAGUGUAGCAGCACCACCCACGGGUACACCUACACCAGGAGGUUCCACUCUAGUAGCUCCUGGUCCCGUACAUGCAUUUUCGCGACACAGGAAUUAGGAUCGGCUAAGUGAUACUGAUUAGUAAUUAAGAGGUCUCUAGAACAUUUCUCAUGGAAUUGUUUUUUAAUUUAUUUUCUUCUAUUUUUGGGUUCAAUUCCGGAUCGUUGUAUAGAAGACAAUGUACGUGGAAGCAACGGUGGAUCUGAGUCUUCAUAUUUUUUUUUUUCCUGUUACAAUUAUUUUCACAUUUAGUUAAUCUUUUUCCCCCUUUUCAAUGAUGGCUGGUUGUUGAGAGUUGAGAAAUGAGGCCGUGAGAUAAGGAAGACGAGCAUCUCUGUAAAGCUUGUUUAGUAGUGAAUUUACGGUGCCGCCCCUGCCGUAUACUUUGAUUUCCACUUCAUGACACUGCUGUUUAACUUUCCUAUGCAUUGUUAUCUGAGUUUCCACCUUUUACUAUGUAUGUCUAUCAAUGAUCACAAAC